AUGCAGUGGGAUGAGAAAGACUGGGAAUAUCGAGCUGAGGGCGGAAAACACCUUGUUGUCGUGAAUCAUUCUCUUCAUAAAAUUCUCCGUUUUAUAAAGGUUCCGGUCGGUGUAGAGCGAAAUCUCAACGAUGAGAGGAUUCAAAUUGAGAGAAGAUUGAACUAUGAAAAAUAUGCCCCUUUGUUGAGUGAGUUCGAAAUUCACACUGAUUCUGGAGAGUUGGUGUUUCUCAGUGCUGAUUUUUGUGACCCCUUGUUCGCAAGAAUUGAUGACGACAGGCCGAAUGCUCGAAAACUUUUGGAAGUUCCUCGAGGACCAAGAUAUGCAGUACUUCAAGAUGAUUUUACCCAGAGUAACUCCAGUGAUUCAAGUUUUGCGAUCGAGAUAAAGCCAAAAUGCGCGUAUGUUCAGCCAAAUCUUCGAUCUUGUCAGUUCUGCCUGAUGCAACUCGAGCAUCUUCUCGACGGGAGAGAUGUUAAUUCAAGAUGCUUCUACUGCUCCGCUGACUUUUUCUCCUCCGAUCUUAGUCGGAAAAAGUUCGCCUUCAAAAAUCUUCUCGAGAAUCCUCUCAAAGACCUGCGAUUUUUCAAGGACGGCGAAUUAAUUUUCUCUAUGGAUACCCUCGAAUAUGUUGGGAAAUCAGGAAACGAUCGAUUUCAUGAAAAGAUGGACGACUUAUGCGGCUUUACGGAUGCCCUCGAGAAGAUCAUUGAAGAUUUGUGCAAUUCUCUCGGAUCCAGAGAAUUCUUUUCCGACAACCAAAAACGUCCCUUUUCCGAUCCUUUCGACCCACAAAGAAAGCGAUUCAAGCCGCUUGAAUCAUAA